AUGUGUGAUAAAUGUGCUAGUAAAGAUCAUAAUAAACCUUGCCCUAUAUGCAAUACAAUUCCACAAUAUGAAAAUAGUCAGAAAGUUUCAUUGCCUUUAAAUAUGUAUGCAUUGGGAUUAAUGGUCGUGUCUCAUAAUCGGCCAGUUAAUACAGAUGAUUCGGAUAUUUCUUUUUCACAAUCAAUAAAUUCCAAGAUGAAGAAACAAUGUAUGCAAGGUCUGUGUCAUGAAUGUGGAAUUCAAGCAACAUUAAAGUGUCUACAGUGCAGUGCUCUCUAUUGCCAAAGUUGCUAUUCCAAGAUCCAUGGGAGAGCGCUUCAAAACCAUACAAAAACUAUAUUAGCAAAGAAGAAUGCUGAUCAUGCCUUUGCUUUACAAAACACAUGUUCAGACCGAUGUUCAGAACAAUUGGGGUAUUAUUGCGAAGAUUGUGAAAUAGCGGUAUGCCCUCAUUGUAUGUUGCGCUUACACAAGAAGCACAAUUACACACCAUUAAUAAUCAAGAAUCAGGAACUGAUGUCACAAUUUUGCGAGAUAUCUGAACGUCUCAACCAGAGCCUGCUAAGGAUUCGUCAUGCGCAAAAGAAAUUGAAACUGGCAGUUAUGCAGCCGACAGAAGUACUGAACACCGACAGCAUAGAAGCAACUAUCACGCAACAUUUUGCUUACUUGCACGGUGUACUUCAAAAUGUGGAAACAAAGCUAAUCGACUCGCUGCAUCAGCGACGUGACUCUAAGAAUAAAGAUAUCGACGAGAUUGCACUGCAACUGAGGGAACACGAAGAACGACUGCAAUCUGCACACGUUAUAAGCGCCUCGAUCACCGACAAUCUUGACAAAAUAGACAUGAGGAAGCUAAUACAAAAAUUGGAAAAAUUAACCAACACUCCGUGCCAUUUGAUAAUUAAUUCCGUGCCAGAAAAUCAGGAAAUCGAGUUUCACGUAGACGAAAGCAUCGCCGACGCUAUCAAAAACCAUUGCACAUUGAACAUACCCCCGGUGACAAAUUUCAGUUUGCUUCGAACGGAAUUGCUGCCGGACGGUUAUGAAAUAGAAUCGCUGACCGAGGAAAACAGCUUUCCAAUUGUUAAAGGCAAGCCGUUCUUGCAAUUGCAACCACCGCCUGCUACGUCGGUCGUGGACAUUCUGCCUCAAAAGAUCGAUAAUCACCUUGUUACCGGAUCUUCAGAAAUGAUCCGUAUCACGCACAUCGUGGAUCCCUCGCUCUUUUACGUUCAUUUGGUACGGAACCAGAGUAAAAUAGCGAAACUUGCCAAAGAGCUAGCAACGUUAGUUAACACUACCGGAGUUAUACCUACGGAGAUCACGUUAAACGCGUUGUACAUCGUGCAAUGUAGCAGAGAUAGAAAUUGGUAUCGCGGACGCGUCACGAGCAGGAAAAUAAACGCCAACAACGAUGAAAUGUAUAGUACUAUGUUCAUCGAUUACGGAAUGAAAGAAGACAACGUGCCAUUGACGAGAAUAAGAAAUAUUAUACCGCAAUUCGCAAUAAUGCCGCCGCAAGCUCUUAGGUGCGCAUUAUUCGAUAUCGUUCCUAAUAAUGGCCAAUGGAACGCAGACGCCACUCAGGCUUUUAAAAAACUUGUGUGCACUAAUUCCGCGAUUUCGAUGUUCAUCCUGAUGAUAACCGGUGACACUUACUAUGUCGAUAUCUGUGGCAUUUCAUCGAAAGACUCGGGUCUAAUAUCGGUAAAGGACUCGUUGACGUACAUGAAAUACGCCACUUGCGUCUCGCAGCACAAAUUAGUGAGGACGAAUCCGAUGUGCGCGCAAACGUAUUAUAAAGAGCAUUUGGAACUUGAAAAGGAGACGGGGGUUCAGGUUCUAUUCGUCGAAUCUCCUAGCUCUAUAUACGUCCAAAAAUUAUACGCGAAUAGGACGUAUUUUCACAAGAUGAGCCGCGAAAUGAUGGAAAAUUACGAGCAGAACACGGACGAUACCGAUUUUAUAACAGUCCCGUGUAAAGAAUUACCGUGCGCGGCGCGCGGAUCCGAUGGAUUUUGGCACAGGGGUUUGGUGUGCGGUGUUACGGAAAAUACCGUCAGAGUUUUCUACGUCGAUUUAGGGUACACGUUGACGUUAAGCUACGAUGCUAUAAAACCCCUUCCGAAGAAAUAUAUGAGUUGCAAGACUCAGGCUAUAAAAGUUUCUUUAAGAAACGUGAAACCAUUCCAUGGCAGUAACAAUGAAUGGGAACCAGAGACGAACGAGUAUCUGAAGAAACUUCUGAUGAACUCGAAGCCCUUUAACCUUUUCGCUUUUGAACAAAUUAACGACACGUACAGCGUGCUUAUGUACACGAAUAACAGAGACAGCAUCACUCAUAUGUUAGUAAAGAACAAUCUCGCGAUGAGUAUAAAAACAAGCCCUUUCGGCCCGAACGCGAUCACGAAAAGGCAAAAGAAAAAACCGAACGCCAAAAAGCAAAACUUUAAGCCAGAAAUACCCGCGCAACCGUACGACGAGCCAAAUAGAAAUAUGGCGAAUAAAACCGAAUCGAGGGAAGAGGAUCCUUUCAAAAUAAACGUUCUGAUACAGCACGUCCACUCCCCGGACUGUAUUUACGUGUCCGACCCGUCGUAUCAAGCUGACGUAGAAAAGAUGAUGAAAGAAAUGCAAAAUUUCUACAGGGAGUAUUACUCCAUGGCGGAAAUUUGGAGCGAGGAUGCAGUUUGCGCGGUGUGUUUAUCGAGAAACGGGUAUUAUCGCGCUCAGAUCGUUCGAAUAGAGUCUAAGGAUAAAGUGGUCGUGUUUUUGUUCGACCUGGGCAUCGAGGAAACAGUCACCAUAAAAGACAUACAAGCACUGUGCCCGGUAUUUCAAAAAAUACGAGCAAAUGUGUUUAAAAUUAAGUUGACCGGUAUAUUGCCCUGCGGAGGAUCCGACAACUGGCCAUCGUUAUCCUGCGAAGAACUGCGGGCGAUUUUGAACAGCCCCAACUGCAAAUUCUACAUAUCGAAACUCGACAACGAGGAUAUAGAAAAUUCUGCGAUCCCCGUUGAAUUGUGGAUAAAAGAAACAAAGAUAACCGGACCAUUGGCGCCCACCAAAGUGGAAAUUAAUUCCGUGAAUAGAAUGUUGGUUGAAAAGGGCGUUGCCUUGCCCAUAAAAGAAUAUGCAAAGAAGCGCGAUAAGAUUCUAGCGAUCGAGUUAAGGAGGCAUUUGAUGAAAAGAAUGGAAAGGUUGACGCAAUGCAAAUCAAACGCAAAAUGGUUCAAAAUCACCAACGAGCCGGAUAAUUCUAUCGAUAUGAACUCUAGUACGAAUACGGUGCAAAAAGUGUUACGAUUCUCAGACUCGAGCUCAAACUCGGACACGGAUAAUCCGGAUUGCAAUUUGAAAGAAGUAUUCGACAACAUUCCAUCGCUACCUGUAUUUUCGACUUGGUUACCUGUAGAACCCAUAUUGGAGAAAACAUUUAUCGCCAAACCUACAUACUUGGAUCACAAUGGAUUCCUAUAUUUACACUCUGUAGAGCAAAAUGAAGAAACGUUACAGAAAAUAGAAGCAACGUUAGAAAAACUGUAUAAAAAUUGUUCGCUAAAUACAUGCGAUACUUUGUGGACUGCGGGAGACUUAUGCAUCGCGCAAUAUCAUGCAAAUAAAAAAUGGUAUCGAGGAAAAGUGAUGAAAGUUUUGGAGGAUUACUCGCUCGAUGUGCAGUUUGUAGAUUACGGUAACAUCGAGGAAUCUUCGAUCGGUACUGUGAAGAAGAAAAUUGUUUUACAAAACAUUCCCAUCCAAUGUACAAAAUGUCUGAUCGAUGGAUUUCAUCCGAUAAAUAAAGCUGAAAAGUGGGGAACAGACGUUUUGGAUAAAGUGCAUGGUCUUCUAAUUGAUCAAAAAUGCGAAGUGACUGUUCUAAACACAACCGACGAAUAUCUAAUUAUUCGUGUAACGUUAUUACCAAACAAGUAUUGCAAAAAAAGGUGCAAUUUAAUUACAUUUCUAAUUGAUGAUUGGAAAAUGAGUAUCAAACCCAACGAUAAAAGUAGUAUAUAUGAAGAGGAUGUAUCCACGUCGGAUACCCCGGACGUCAUAAUUAUAGAAAACUCGAUUUCAUCUAGUUCGGAAACAGAACUAAUAAAAGACACAGUUCUCAGUGGGUGUUCUUUAUUACUCCCAAACACGAAUACAGUAAACAUGGAUGAAAGUUGUGCUACAACCGAUAUUGAGAAUUUAUGGUACGAAGAAAAGGACAUAGUCUCUUCAACGCCUCGCGUCGUAUCUAAUGAGAACCUCGCGAUCAGUAAUAAAUUGAUCAAAGAUCUACAAAACGAAGAAUACUUUGAAAUAGAACUGUGUUGCAGUAUCAAUGAAAUUGAAUUCCACGCCCAAUUAAAGGAAAACACACAAUCACCGGUUUUAAGUACAUAUUAUAAGCAAUAUCUGCUUCUAAUGAACGAUUUGCAAGAAAAUGCAUCGAAACAGCCAAUGAUUACGAAUAUCGUUCCCAACACGCCAUGUUGUGCGAAAUUCAAUGACAAUCUAUGGUAUAGAUGUCUGAUAGUAGAAACUGAACCUAAAAAAGAUACAGAUAAUAUUGAAAUUAAAUUAUUAUAUAUUGACUUCGGUAACGAUGAAUAUAAAACGGUAAAUUCUCAAAAAUGCGAAUUAUAUACCAUGAAAAAGGAGUGGGCAGAUCUACCAGCUAUGUCGAUUAAGUGUAAAUUAUGGAAUGUACAAGUCAUUGCCCCUCCUAAUGCACUUGAUAUGCUUGCAUCUGAAUUAGAAAAAAUGUACAGUAAAUGUGUUAUAGCUACAGUAAUAGAACAUGACGAAGAUUUAACAUGCGUCGAACUGUACGAAAACAAAAAUUGCGACACACUUCUGUACCAAACGCUUAUCGACAAAGGUUUGUUUCAAAUUAAAUUGAAAAAGAACUAACUAACUACAUC